GACGACUUAUACUCCCGCACAUUCCCCCCAAGCCCCGCUUUCUCCCCUCUGUUCGACAUCUCAUCCUCCUCCUCCUCGCCCCGAAACCUUCUUUUGUGUUCGCGCCCAUGUUCUGUUGAUUGACCGGCUGCCUUUAACCGGACUACUUUCCACCUCCAUCGGCACGCCGUUGCGCAACCACCUCCCCCUUUGUCCCCCGCUUUGUCGACAGCGCGAUAACCCACCGACAUCCUCGAUCCUCCGUGGCCGCCGCCAUGGCCUCCUCGACGAACCCUUCGAGCAUUCAGCUUCGCCGCUUGGGCCGCCUGGCACUCGGCGUGCUCUUCUUCGCCUUCGCGCUGACCUGUCUCACCACAGCGCUCCAGCACACCUUCACAUCCAACACGCCGACCACGCUCUCGAUCCACCGGAUCCUACACAACUGGGGCCUGUCCCCCUCGACGUACUGGCGCACCCUGUAUCCCACCUCGUUCACGCGCGACAUCUACCCCAAGCCGAUCCACUCGCACAACGACUACUGGCGCCGCGUGCCGUUCUACUCCGCCAUCUCCGUCGGCGCCAUCUCCGUCGAGGCCGAUGUGUGGGAAUACUCCGGCGAGCUCUACGUCGGCCACGACACCGCCAGCCUGACCCGGAACCGCACCUUCGGCACGCUGUACGUCACGCCGAUCCGCGAGAUCCUGGACGAGAUGAACCAAGCGCAGCGGAUUCCCAUCGGCUCGUCGUCGUCGGAGGAAGAUGAGGCCGCGGUAGCGAAGCCUUUGCGCGGGAUCUUCGACGUCGAUCCGGAGCAGACGCUGCACCUCUACGUGGACAUCAAGACUCCGGGCGCCAGCACGCUGCCAGUAGUGAUACAGCAGCUCGAGCCGCUGCGCAGCCCGCGGAACUUCCUGACGCACUGGAACGGGACGCACCUGGUCCGCGGACAGGUCACCGUGCACCUCAGCGGCGCCGCGCCGUUCGAGCUGAUGCUGCAACACGAGUACCGCGAUUACUUCUACGACGCGCCACUGAGCGGGCUGGCGAGCGGCCGGUACAAUACUAGCAACUCGCUCAUGGCCACUGCGAGCUUCAGGAAGGAGAUCGGCGCUGUGUAUUGGGGCUCCGGCGGGCUGAGCAGGAAGAUGAAGGACAAGAUUGCCGCACAGAUUAAGGCGGCGCAUGAGCGCGGCAUUGGAGUGCGCUACUGGAGCACUCCUAUGUGGCCCAUCAGCGUGCGCAACCAGGUGUGGGGCACCCUGGUCGAAAUGGGAGUCGAUCUGUUGAAUGUCAAUGAUCUCAAGGCCGCGACGGAAAUGAAGUGGUAGCGGUCAGUCGGCUUUGGCUUUGGCUUUGUUCUUCCGCUGGCAUCUCGGCGGUUUGUGCGAUUGGGUUCAUGAUACGGAGUUUACUGGAGCGGGCGUCUUCUUUUUUUCUGUGUUCCUUUUUUCUUUCUUUCUGUGCUGCCUUUUUGGAAGCGACUUAAGCUCUUGGGGAGGUCAGUGA